GUUCUCAUUACUUGCUUUAGUGCUAUUAAUUUGUUAUAUUUGUUGUUACGUCGUUAUGAUACAUCUGCGUUGCACCGUAUAUUACUAAUGGAGGAAACAUGACAUAUAUAAUUUGUCAUUCCUGUUUCUUGGUUUUUUCGAUUGGAAUUGUAGCAGAACUGUGGUUUUCUUGGGCUAUGGGUUGUCAUGUGCUGGAAUAGUUAGUACUAAGCAUUAGCAAGCAGUGGCUCUUUGUCUCUAUUCAGUUCAAUGAUGAGAUUUUGGAGACUGUUUAGACAUGACAGUAUUCAUUUGAAAUCUAUCUUGGAAUUUUGUAGAUACCAACUCAGUAAUUGUUGGGAAAUCUUUACGCCAUGGUCGAGGUGUCAGCACGGCUCGGUCCAAUCCCGAAUGCGUAAAGUUGCCCACGCAAAUGCUUGGAUAGUGGAAGUGAGCGUCGGGUCAGGUUGGGUUCGAGCCUCGUCUCUCGAGGCUAGCUUUCUCCCUUGGCAGGUUGCCUGCUUCGUCAUCUAGUUCCUUCACACAGGCCGAAGUCGGGAGGGGGAUUUCCCGACUUAACCCCUCUAAAGUUUAAGUUAGCGUCGAGUGGAGUAAGAGGGAGUUGAGUGCUCGAAGUCCUUCCCCCUGAUGUCGGUCAGGGGGUUGGUUUUUAUACCUGCGAACGAGGGUCAGUUAUACAUGAUUUGUUAAUGGUUGUCGACUCUUCGGGCGGUUGGCUUGUACCUUACGGGCGAGCGCCGAUCGACCUGUAUGAACCCGCACCUUGUGGCGUCGUUCCGAGCUUUCCGGAACGGCUUUGCGGUAUGCGGCGUCAACUUGUACGACGCCGAAUAGUACGAGGGUAAGUGGUCGUCCCGUUCGGGUAUGAGGUGUCGUAUCGUGUUAGCCUAGAGCUCUUUUGUUGGCACUGUCGUGGUCACCGACCGUUGUCACGUGGAUGGUGUUGAAAUAUGUCAUAUUAGUAGUAUUGCUCAAUUAGAGAUAUUCAGUUGGUUUACUUAAAAUCUAUGCUUGUGUGAGUUCAACUUACACUUGCUGAAAGUUGCUUCUGUUCAUGUUUUUAGUGAAAGAAUGGGGCACUGAAGCUCAUUCUCUGGUAUGGGCUUUCGGAAAAUGUUAACAAUAGGGUCUGCACUUAGGCUGACAUAAUUUAUUCAUAAUCUUAACUGGCUCCAAAGAUUGUCUGAAAUUGUUUAUUUACCCUACUUUUAGUAUUUUACUAGAGCUGUUUAUAGAUAAGUCUUAAGAAUUUCUAUUAUGAUAAUUUUGAAUGUUAGUUCUGGAUCUCUUUUAGAAUAUGUACUUUUCCUUGAGGCACUUGGAACAAUAUCUUAUUGCAUCAGUGCAAUGACUGUCCUCUUGCAAGUUUCCCAAGGAGUAGAUUUGAAAAUUCAGAAAAUUUCAGAAUGUGUAUAUAUAUGCACACAUAUAUUGGUUAAAGAAUGUGUAUAUAUAUGCACACAUAUAUCUUAAGCCCAGAUCGGGUUCAGGAUUUGCUAUUCACAUAGCUAGUGAACACAACCAUGCGAGUCAUGAGCCCAUCUCACAAUUGUCCAUGAUGACCUCAAAUUAAGUGGUGACAGGAAAGUUUGAACUCUGUAUUCUCAGGGAGAAAAUCCCGACCCUAGCUAUUGUCCAAAAUCAUACUUGCUAAGAGUAAAACCUGUUCUUGAAAUCAAUCAAUGAAUGGAUUUGAUACAUUGGAAGAAAGUCCUGAGCAGGAGAGCUUCAUGAGAUGUUGGGUUAAUUCAAAUAUUGCUAUUAUGUUUAUGAGAUGUGUAUGUGCCUGUAGCUAUCCUAGAAUUAUUUUGUAUGAGAAAUGGUUUUCUGCUUGCAUUUUGAAGGCUUUAUGAGACCUGGACUUGAUUGAUAAAUCUUUAUCUCUGGUAUGUAGUAUUAUUUUAGUUAAUAUAUACCAUGUAAUUACAUUUUCAUACUUGAAAGGUAUCUUUUGCAUAUAGAUUGUGAGAGCUGCCUAAACCUUGGGGCUUAAAAAGCAAGCCAUGCAAUAUUUCAAUACAGUGAGGAAAUGCAGCUUCAAACCUAUGAACCGAAAAAUGGGGAGUGCUUCUCGUAGCCUUCUAACCCUGAGAUCACUUGUCCAGUGUGAAGACACUGACACUUAAUAGUCAUGCAGCAGCUACUAGCCUUCCCAUGGCCUAAGCCGCAGCGAUGACAAGAACAUACGGUGUUUCCCUUCCCGGAGCAACAAGUGGAUCUCGAGCAGUCUCCAUCACGGUUUCUAUUCCCUUUCCUUUCCAUAGUUGCGGUGUCACACCGAGAGGAACAACCCUCGGGACGACGGUGUGCCGCCAGGUACCCAUGGCGCGCUUCUCCACCAUCUGAUGACCCCCCAACCCACCGUCCCCAAAUCACGCAGUAUCUCCUCGGAGGAAGCGGUGGUGCCUCGUGAUGCUUGCCACUGCUGACCAUGUACUGUUUUGUUUUCCAUGUGCAGCCUCGUCCCCCCCCUCGGUCACUCUCAUUUCGUUGUCAGCUACAGUAAGGCAAGGACGCUGUUGGCCGCUUGGCCUCGAUCGGCUCCGUGUCUCGCCCUGCCUAUAUUGGGUUACCCGUCUCAUCAGCAAAAGAGACUUCCUCCGGCACAAACUACGCAUCUCUCCAUUAACACCCCCGUCCUCCUCCUCCACCUGCAGCAGUCUCAGUCUGACUCUGGUGGCCCGUCAGGUCUUCUUCAGAUCGCCAUGCCACUGUAUCGAGCGCAAGUUUGUCGCACUGCUGUAGACUUUGGUUCCAAUUUCACCUGUCCACCAACCAGUCUCUUCCGUCUUUCUCGCCUUCCUUCUCCCCUGCUGCCCGCCUGCCUCCCUCCCACUAUUUUAUGCCUUGGAUUUCAAGAAAUCAUCCCUUUAACAUCUCUUGUGUAGGGUGGCAAUGCGUGAUUUAACUUUGGCUUUUGCUACUUUUACGGAGCUACUUUUCCUCUCAUCCUCCCAAUAUUGAAUACUUUCAGAUGUAGAAUUGGAAAUGAUGCUUUAAGCUAUAUAUAUAUAUAUUUGUGAAUGGAGAUAAGGGGAAAAAGAAGUAGUCACGGGCCACCCAUGUCCCCUGAGAGGCUCCACAAAAAAACAAAAGCUGUACAGGACUUCCAUCACGCCAUCAUCAUAAUGUCACAAACCCUCCGGCCGCAACCAUUCAAUUCCAUUCAAUUUAACUUCCCACCUCUUCUCCCUUCUCUCUCCUCUCAAACUUCCCCACCUGCCACUCCUCCUAAGCUGAUAAAGCUCUGAGAAAAGACCCAACGCAGGCUUACCUUCACUCUCGUUUCUCUCGUCUCAUACAAUGGAGCCAUCUCAAGCAACCCCUGAGCCCGUCCCUUCGCCCAAGCCUGCCACCAAGCGGAGCCUUCUCAGCUCCCUCAUGGAGGUUGCUGCCGCCGCCACCACCGCCACUGCCGCCCUGCAGCGCUCCUCUUCCUUCAAGGAGGACUCCUACCUCGCCUCCAGCCUCAGGUCCUCGGAGCUGAAGGCCCUGCAGGAACUCAAGCAGCUCCUCUCUACCUCCACCAAGCCCAUCAGCAUAUGGGGCGUCCCGGUAGCCCCCGCUGGCGGCGGCGGCGGCGACGAGCGGGCGGACGUGGUGCUCCUCAAGUUCCUGCGGGCGCGCGACUUCGACGCGGGGCAGUCGCACGCCAUGCUGCUGCAGUGUGCGGAGUGGCGACGGGAGUUCGGCGCGGACGGGCUGGCGGACGAGGAGCUGGUUGGGUUCAAGGAGAUGGAAGGCGUGGUGGCGUACAUGCACGGCUGGGACCGCCGGGGCCACCCGGUGUGCUACAACGCCUACGGCGUCUUCAAAGACAAGGCUAUGUACGACCGCAUCCUUGGUGACGCCGAGAAGCUGCAGCGCUUUCUCCGGUGGCGCGUCCAAGUGAUGGAGCGCGGCGUCGGCCUGCUCCAGCUCCGCCCCGGCGGCAUCAACUCCAUCAUCCAGGUCACCGACCUCAAGGACAUGCCUAAGCGCGAGCUCCGCGCCGCCUCCAAGCACAUACUCUCCCUCUUCCAGGACAACUACCCGGAAAUGGUGGCCAGAAAGGUGUUCAUCAACGUCCCUUGGUAUUUCAGCGUGCUGUACGCAAUGAUAAGUCCAUUUCUGACAGACCGGACGAAGAGCAAGUUUGUGAUCGCCAGAGAAGGCAAUGUGGCGGAGACACUCUACAAGUUCAUCAGGCCAGAGUUUGUGCCGGUGCAGUAUGGAGGGUUGAGCCGGCCGGGCGACCUGCAGAACGGCCCUCCCAAGCCGGCCACCGAGUUCACCAUCAAGGGCGGAGAAAAAGUAAACCUCGAAAUCGAUGGCAUCGAGGCAGAGGCCACCAUCGCAUGGGACAUCGCGGUAGGAGGAUGGGACUUGGACUACGGCGCCGAGUACGUGCCGAGCGACGAGGGGAGCUACACCGUUGUGGUGGAGAAGACAAGGAGGAUUCCGGCUGCGGCCGACGAGCCCAUCCACGACGUGUUCAUCGCCAGGGAGGCGGGGAAGAUGGUGCUGUCCAUAGACAACACCAGCUCGAGAAGAAGAAAGGUCGCGGCUUACAGAUACUUCGUCCGCAAAGCAUCAUCCAUGUAGUCGCAGCAUGAGAGCCUUCCCCCCUUGCGUCUAGUUUACUUGAGAUUAGUUCAGGCAUGAGUGGCUGCGUUUUAUCUUUCGUUGUACGUGUAUUAUAAGAAAAUCUAGUCUCUUUUUCCGAUCUAUGUCGGAGAAAAGUGGAUUUGAAUCCAUAAUUAUUAAUAUGCUGACUUGGGGUGGCUUUCUUGUAA